GUCGAACCCUCGGCAAGGAGAAGAGAUUCCCGUGCAAGGAAUGCGGGAGAAAUUUUGGCCAGAGCUCCAACCUGAUCGUGCAUCAGCGAAUCCACACCGGGGACAAGCCCUACAAGUGUCACGAGUGCGGCAAGUGCUUUCGGCAGAGCUCCAACCUCAUCGUGCACCAGAAAACACACGCGGGACGGAAGCUCUACGAGUGCCCCAAGUGUCACAAGUGCUUCCCGGACCGGUCCCUGCUCAUCCGGCACAAGAGGAUUCACGUGGGCGAGAAACCUUUCCAAUGCCCGCAGUGUGGGAAAAACUUCAUCCAUGAAUCCCGGCUCCUUGUGCACGAGAAGGCGCACGCGGGAGAACAGGUCUACCCGUGUCCCGAAUGCGGGAAACGCUUCCAGCGCACGCACACGGGCGAGAAGCCCUUUCACCGCUCCCAAUGCAAGAAGUUCUUCCGCGGGAGAUCCACGCUUUUCCGGCACGAGCGGCUGCACACGGGCCUUAAACCCUACGGAUGCUCCGAGUGCGGCAAGAGCUUCGGGCAGAGCAGGGACCUCGUCGCCCACCAGCGCUUCCACACGGGUGAGAGGCCCUUCCAGUGCUCCCAGUGCCGCAAAUCCUUCAGCAACCGCUCCAGCCUCAUCCGGCACCAGCGGCUUCAAGUGGGGGACAAGCUCUACAAGUGUCACGAGUGCGGCAAGGGCUUCGGCCAGAGCUCGGACCUCAUCGCGCACCGAAGGACGCACACGGGCGAGAAGCCGUAUCCGUGCCCGGUGUGGACCGCAGGAUCAGAGCUCCAUGGGAAGCCUCCACAUUGA